AAGAGUUUAUCUCUGAGCAAGAUGUCUGUCAGGUCGCAGAUGACUGUUCGUGACAGUUGCUCCGUCCUCAAAUGACCACCGCACGAGUGAAGUAUCAUGUACUCACCAAUAUCAUGAACAUAUUUUUCCACAGUCAUGACUGUACGUAUUAUCUCUGAUUAUGUAACUCAAAUGGUUGAUGCAUAAUUAUACUAUCCGCAUAAAUAACGACAUUUUAACCCAGAUGUUUGCGCAGAAAAUCUUUAUUCGUAUUUUUCGACUGUAGAGUGUCAUCACCAACAUUUUGAUAUAUUUCAAAGUAGUACAGCUCGGUUUAUUUUGAAGAAGUUUGAAUGACAACGUGCACACGGUGGAAGUGAGUGCAGCACCCUCAUCCUUACUAACAAUAAUCGGACGACGUGAUAUCUUCACUUACAAACCGUAACACCAAGACGCAAGAAAAAUCGGGUCCAACAGAUGGAAGAGACAGGCUGCUGCCCCUGGUCGUGCUGCGGCAGAGCUCCAACUGAGGAUGCACCGUCUCCAGUGCUGGCAACCAAGGUGACGGCCCUGUCGAACGGCACGGAGCUGCGAAACCUGCCGGCAGCCCACAGUGGAUCGAGUGCACGAGAGGGGCCAGUCAAACAGGCGGAGACGUCCCUCAACAACUGCUUGCCAAGCAAUGGACACCAGAUUCGCGUUGUCCGCGAACCAGUGGCCGUGGCGGAGCGGCUCCAGUCGGAGCGGCUGCAGAGGUCCGCCGCACCAACGCCUCCUGCUGGUGACGUCACAGCGUCCGUGGCGGCCGGGGAGCCACCCGCUUGGGAGCUGCCUCCGGUGGACCCCAUCAUCUGCCAGCGUCUCGAGAAGCUGCGGACCCAGGACCCACUGGACGUCGUCAACGACAUCAGCCCUCCAGGAGGACAAAGGGGGUCAGUGUCGACGCUGCGGUUCGAGCACGGCUUCUACCGCGGCGACCAGCAGUGGCUGAGCGAAACCCUGAAAAUGGUGGAGCGCGCCGUCCAGUUGGACGAGUUGCUGCCCGUUGACCGAUCUGUGCGCUACAGCAGCUCCGUCGUCGACCUCGCGGACAUCAUGGGGCAGGUCAAAGAAAUACCGGUGGAAAGCUACAGUAACAAGAAGGACCUCGAGAAGUUACUGACUGACGUUUGCAGAUGCUGCACAUACUACGCCGAGGAGAUCUUGAAGAGGACAGCAUACGAAAGCGACUCGCUGGAGGUGAAGCAGGUGCAACAUUUGUGCGUGUCGGUGAGCAACAUGGAGCAGGCGCGCGCCUUCCUGGUGCAGCAGCUGGCGGAGCUGUCGCUGGACGAUGUGGCGGCCCGUUCCUCGGAGCCGGAGGGAGUGGAGGCGCUGCAGGAGAGGCUCGCAGACACCAUCGAGGACACCGCCAACACGCUCGCCGUCCACCUCUGCGCCAGGAUAGACUUCAUCGCCCGCAAGGUGGUGUGCGGAGUGCGGCGAGCGCUGCUGGACCCGCAGCAGCUGGGCGGCGAGCGGGAGGCGUGGCUGCGCCACAUGGACGACACGCUGGCCGUGCUGUACGCCCGGCUGCGGCCCAGGCACCUCUGCCGCCUGCUCGACGUCGCCUGGGACAGCUUCCGGCCCGCCGUGCGCCAGGCCAUUGACGACCACCUCUACGAGCCCGCGUCGUGGUUCCAGCGGCUGCACGAGGAGUGCGAGCAGCUGGUGUCGUUCGUGUCGCGGGCGGACGACCGCUGCGCCGAGGAGGGCAGCGGCCCGGCGUCGCGGGUGCGCGCCGAGGUGUCUGCGCUGCUGCAGCCGUACACGCAGGACGGCCACCAGCUGCUGCACACGCUGCGCCUGCGCCGCAACCAGCAGCUGGCCGCCUCCGGGGACGCCGGCGAAGGCAGCGGCGCCAGCGACGGCGGCAGCGGCGCGGAGGACGUGCUCGGCAAGCUGGGCGUGCGAGCCCUGAGGGCGCAGCCGGACGCCGACGGAUACACGCCGCUCUGCGUGCAGAUCAUGCACGCCGCGCACCUACACCCCACCCUUUCUAAGAAGAUCUAUGUGAAAUUAAAAUUUUCACCAAAAGAGCAGUUCAAGAAAGUGGAGAAGUGCAAAACAGAACCCUGUAAGAAGGAUGUUCCUCUCUUCCAAAGUGUUUUCACAGUACGGCUGCCAUCCGUGAAGGAGGACGUGCUGCUGAUGUUUGUGGUGAAGAAGGUGAAGAAAAUUAACGCCAAGAGGCUCGCCGGGAAGAAGCGCAAGCGCACGCUGGCCGUGGCGUACCUCCCGCUCAGCGACGUCGAAGUCGCCGACAACCCAAACGACCGUGCCGCCCUGGAGCGCAUGAUCAUCACCUACUUGCCGCUCGGAGAGCCGGGCAAGACAGAUCCUGAGAUAGUCAAAAUACUGGAACGGAGAAAGCAAAGUAAGAAGACUAAAAAAAUUCUAAAGAAGGACAUACGUAUCGUAUGAUCGUGACCAGUGGCCUAAAAUUAUUUGAAGUAUGCUGAAGAGCCACUACUGCCAAAUAAAUUGCCAUAUAUUCUGUUAUACAUAUAUAUAAAUGUAUUUAACAUUUCUUUCAAAUACUCUGACAACGCGUAUGACGUGUGAAAUGACUGUACCAGACAUAAUUUUUAUAGAGACUUUUUGUACUAUUGCCAAAUAAAUAGAAAUGGUUUUCUUUUUAUAA